AUGGAGGUGACGAAUUCAGCGGAAGGAGUUGGUGUGCCUGUGACGGACGUUUCGGCUACUUUCGAUGAUGAACAUGCUAAUUUUAGACUAUUCAAAGCAUAUAAAGAAGGUCAAUUGGAUUUGAAUAUUUUAAGCACUCAGGAUGCAAUUUCAGCUUCAUCAGCUGUGAUCGGUAGUGCUUCAGCAUCAUCUUCAUCAGCCGUGUUAAAUGAUAGUCAGCAGGAGGAAAAUCCGAAGCAAUCUUUACCGAAAUCUUGGUGUGGAUUACCGUCAUCUGCCGAAAUGAAUCAGUCACCGAAUAAAAAGCUAACUUUAGGACUCUUUUUCAAACCUAAACCGCCAAGCGAUAUUAUCGAUUCUACAUGUGAAUCUCAAGGACCAUCGAUAAUACGUGUUCCCGUUUCUUCUGUUGACUCAGCAGAUGACAAUAAAAGAACUCAAACAGGAACAGUUUUACCACGUGGGAGUGCUAUUCUUGUUAACCAACGUCAGAGAGGCAAUGUUGUUCUAAAACAGAUACGUAAUGUUGCAUGGGAAUAUGCAGAUAUUGAACCGGAUUUUGUUGUUGGAAGAAAUAACUGCGUCUAUUUCUUGAGUUUACGGUAUCACAACUUGAAUUCUGAAUACAUUUUUGAACGAUUGCGCCAAACAAAACAACGGUAUCAAUUGUCUGUACUACUUGUUUUAGUGGAUGUACCAGACCCGUAUUACCCUCUUAAAGAAUUGUGUAAAAUUUGCUGGACUGAAAGGUUGACACUGAUGUUAGCUUGGUCUAUAGACGAAGCAGCUAGUUUAAUGGCAGAGCCAAGUGCACACACGGAUUAUGCUGCACAAGUAACAGACUUUCUAACAUCUGUUCGUCGUGUUACAAAAGCAGAUGCUGUAUCUGCUAUGGGAAAAUUUGAUACAGUCGCUGACAUAAUACGAGCUGAUCAAUCAACUUUGGAAAAAUGUCCCGGCUUUGGCCAUUUGAAAGCUCGCAAACUAUGUGAAGUAUUUCGAAUGCAAUUUAUAAAGGAGAAUAGUUAA